AUGAAGACGGGCAGGUGGGUGAUGGGGGUGGAGUGCAGGGGACUGGACCACGCGGGCGCGCUGGGGCUCAUCGCCAUCGGCAACCGGCUGGUGGUGGCACUGCAGAAGUUGCGGCACCCGCACACCCAGAACGGGCACCAGCUUCCCGCGCGUCAAGCUCUACGCCCACAACAUCUCCCUCACCUGCGGAUUCCUGUGAAACAUCUGGUUCUCAGAGAAGCGCCGUCCUGGAGCACAGGAUCGCUGUCGAUUCCGUUGUCGCUGUGGGCCAAGGAAGCCGCGUCCAUGCGCACCUCCAGCGCGCGCGCGCGGCCCAUGCGGUCCUCCUCCCGCUGCCACAGCUUGAGCAGCAGCAGGUGCCCCUGCGCUCGCCACGAUCUCCCUGAGCGGGUGGGCCCCGCCUGCCUCCGCUAUCGGAGCCUUGUCAAGAAAAGCCUCGCCUCGGAUGCUUCGGCUCCGUCGACGGUGACCGGGAUCUCCACAACGUGGGCCUCAUUCUUGACGGCUUGA